CGACUCCACUACUUGCCUUCCUCAUCUUUGCCCGAUCGCGGCGUUGUGGUGUCGGAGAGAGCGAUGUCGCCUAAGGUGUCGGCGCUGGAUAUGCCAGACGUGCCGAUGGGGCAGCUCCCGGAGCACCUUCACCUCCAGCGGACCCGCGUCGUCUGUAAGGCCGACGCCCCCAUCCAUACAGAAGGUAUUCAGUACUCUGGUGCUUAUGCAUCGAUUGGAGUUGACAAUAGUGUGGGUGUGGACAGUUUCUGCAAGAACUUUAAGGUCAAAGUUGUCAGGCUUACUAACAACGAGAUUGAAUUUGAUAUGAUUGGCAUUGAUGCUUCGUUGGCUAAUGCAUUCAGGAGGAUCCUUAUUGCCGAGGUUCCUACAAUGGCCAUCGAGAAAGUCCUCAUGGUCAAUAACACAUCCGUUGUAGCGGAUGAGGUGCUUGCCCACAGGCUGGGUCUCAUUCCACUUAAUGCUGACCCAAGGCUAUUUGAGUAUCUCUCAGAAAAUGAUGCUCCAAAUGAACGGAAUACUAUUGUCUAUAAGUUGGAUGUGUCAUGUAAAAAAGGCAGUCCACGUGUUACAGUUAAGUCAGAUCAAUUGAAGUGGCUGCCACAUGGCAGUGAACUUCAAAUGGAUUCCCAUGACAUUUCUGCGAAAGCAAAAAGCUAUACCUCAUUCAGCUGUAUUCAAGAUUCCCUGCCAGAAUUUUCAAAAAAGCCACUCGGUGUGAAGUUUGAUGACAUCAUUAUUGCUAAACUUGGGCCAGGCCAGGCAAUCGAGCUUGAAGCUCAUGCUGUUAAAGGCAUUGGCAAAAUUCAUGCCAAAUGGUCUCCUGUGGCUACAGCAUGGUACCGGAUGCUUCCCGAGGUUUCUCUAUUGAAAGAAGUCAUCGGUGAUGUUGCUGAGAAGCUUGUAAAGAAAUGUCCAGUUAAUGUCUUUGAUAUUGAAGACCUCGGAAAUGCAGGUGGAAAGAAGGCAGUGGUAGCGAACCCGCGUGCCUGUACACUGUGCAGAGAAUGCAUUCGGGGGGUAAAUGAAGAACUUGUGGAACUAAGACGCGUUAAAGAUCACUUUAUCUUUACUGUCGAAUCCACUGGGGCUUUAUCACCAGAAGAGCUAUUCAUUGAAGCUGUGAAAAUAUUGGAAGACAAAUGCGACCGGGUGAUAUCUGAACUCUCUUAGUACAUGCACCUUACAGCAACUCGAGGGAUAAAAUAAAUCCCGGGUGAGUCAUCCCAAAAUAUGAUUAAAUUAUUUAUAGUGAUGAUGAUGAGCGUCAUUAGAUGAUUAGAGUUUGCACCACUGACAAGUUUAAAUCACAUAUUACCCUGUUGUCAGCAUAUAAUCCUACCGAAGGAACCAUAUCAACUUGAUACGAAGUAAUUGGUUUCCAGUCUUUUGUUUGGAACCUCCAUUGAUUUGAUGUACUACUGUCAGGCAGAAGAGGGCCAUCAAGCCUCACUGAGUUUAUUCUCCAUAUGGCAGCAUCAUUUAUCUGAUACUGAUCUUAAGACAUUGUUCUUGAACAGAAUUGAGUUCACAUGUUUUAGAAUAAGGCACCCGACGACAGGAACUCUGCAUCUGUUCUGAGGGGUGGAAACGUGCAACAUUUUUUUGGUUCCUAUCGUUGUUGUGGAGUAUGUCUCUUUUAAUUGAAGUCAUUUUUCACUAACUAAAAGUUAUUUUUAGUCUUUAAAUUUGUUCUGUCACUAACAAAACUUUGUUUCAGGUAAUGUUAAAGAAUAAAGAACAACACAUUAUUCUGUCUAUUAUUUUCAUCGGAUUGCUGAAUUCCAUUUCCAGAAUCACAUUCCGGCUUUACCGGAUGCCAUUGCAGAAUCUUUAUCCAUUUCCUUUUGUCUUCUAUGUGCGUUGAAGUUUAGGAGAAGAGUGAAACCUGUUCAUGCCCUCUCUGAUGGAACCUUAUUUUAUGCUUUUUAAGUAGAGAACAAUGACAUGCCAUGUAUGCCUCUUCCUAAGACAUGCUUAAUGUAUUUUUGUUGGUCCAAUUGAUUCAUUAUAAAAAAUGAUUGACUGCCAUA